AUGGACCGUCCUGAUGAAGGCCCUCAAGAGCCUUUAUCAGAAGUAGGAUGCGGAGAUCGAAAAGUGGCAAGUGAUGAGACCAGCGGUAGUAAACUUUUGAGUACCAUGGAAGCUUUGUUAACUCGCUUGUUGGCUACAACUUCACCAGCGCCUCAUGCAUCCACAGCAGCUUCAGCUAUGACGAAUACAGUGCAUUUGGUCCAGUUUAACCCUGACGAUGUUGACGCUGACAUCGAGGGAUGGUGUCGUGUCUCGGAGAUAAUUGUAAAAGCGAAAAACUUAAAUGGAGUUGAACUUUUAGUGGCAUUGACAAGCGCUUUAAAGGGACGUGCUGCAACUUGUUUGACUAAGGUACGAUUGGAAGAUUUGACAUGGGACACUAUGAAACAAAUUCUUCUCGCAAAGUUUUCGAAGCCCAAAUUGAUCCAGGACUAUUUUGACGAUAUAAUGCGCUUCCAAUUGGGAGUAAAGGAAACAGCGAGUGAGGCAGCUAUGCGUUUGUGGAAUCUAAUAGAAAAUAUACCCAAAGUUGAAAUGCCAGAGGAGGUUAUCGCCGGAUUCGUUGUAUCUGUGUUGAGCUUGAAAGAUCACCUGAUUCGUCGUGAGCUGAAUUCUCAUGCUAUCACUACCCGAGCACAACUAUUCCGCAUACUCGGUGGUGUUACUUUGAAAAGACGCCUUGACUCUAAUGAUGAUCAGUACCCAGCUGAUUCGAAGAAACCUCGAUUGAACGAUACAAAGUUUAACGGAAAGUGUCAUAGAUGUGGAGUUCCUGGCCAUAGAAUAAUAGACUGUAAAAGACCUCGUCCAGAACCGGGCUCUUCAAAAUCAGUUGAAAACUCAUCGUCAUCAAAAGAAAAAUCAACAUCGCCAAUUUGUUUCUCGUGUGGAAAACCGGGUCACGUGUCAACGGGGUGCCCAGAGAGGAAGAGUGGUGGAACUGCAGUGAAGGAGGUCAACAUCUGUGAGCAUAGAGUAUCGAGAGAGUCUGUAAUAAUAGGUAGCGAUAUUUUCGAACACGGCGUGCGUGUUGAAAUAGACCAUGAUAAUCUUUGUAUUGUAAAAAACGAAAAGACCAACGCUUGUGAGCACAAAACGACUGGUAUUAAUUUUGAGUCCGUAGAUACUGAUUUAGUAGGUAAAGAAAAAGAAGCACUUCUGUCUAUCUUGCUCAAAUAUGCUAACCAUUUUGUUGAAGGCAAUCCUACUAAACGUGUUAAUACAGGGCAAAUGGAAAUUAACCUUAUAGAUCCUAAUAAGAUAGUACAGCGAAGUCCUUACAGAUUAUCACCUCCGGUAAAACAAGUGGUAAGGGAGAAAGUUCAGGAGCUAUUAGACGCGGGAAUCAUUCGGGAAAGUUCAUCUCCUAUUGCAAGCCCGAUAAUAUUGGUUAAAAAGAAGGACAACACCGACCGAAUGUGUGUUGAUUAUCGGGAGUUAAAUUCCAAUACACGCCCUGAACAUUAUCCCUUGCCACUUAUCGAUGAUCAGAUAGACCAGCUUUCGGGAGCAUACUUCUUUUCAUCUUUGGACAUGGCGGCUGGUUUUCACCAGAUCCCAAUUCAUCCUGAAUCCGUGGAAAAAACUGCGUUCGUAACGCCCGAAGGGCAAUACGAAUACCUCGCUAUGCCUUUUGGGCUGCGAAAUGCACCUUCCGUCUAUCAGCGAUGCAUUAAUAACGCGUUCAAGGAUUUAAAAGACAAGCCGCUUGUGUACAUGGAUGACGUACUAUGUUAUUCCUCAAAUAUAACUGAAGGGCUGCGUCGUCUUGAACAGGUAUUAGAAGCUUUGGCUCGGGCUGGAUUUUCACUUAACUUAAGAAAAUGCAAGUUCAUGAAAAAUAAAGUCGAUUACUUGGGAUAUGCUACCCAAUCUGGGGAAGUCAGACCAAAUUCGCUAAAAAUACAGGCAUUAGCAAAUGCACCCGCUCCAAAAACCGCCACUCAUGUACGCCAAUUUUUAGGUCUGGCGUCCUACUUUCGGAAAUUUAUACCAAAUUUCUCGCGGAUUGUAGGUCCUCUGUAUCCUUUAACCAGACUCAAAGGUGGUAUUAAGUGGACGGAAAAUCACGAAGAAAUCCGUCAAUCAAUUAUUCAGAUUCUGACGUCAGAACCCGUGUUAACUAUUUUUGAUCAUAACCUGCCUGUAGAGCUUCAUUGUGAUGCCAGUAGUGAGGGUUACGGCGCCAUCGUUAUUCAGAAAAAGGAUAAUAUGCCACAUGUGGUAGCGUACUUUAGUCGUCGCACGACCGAGGUGGAGUCUCGAUAUCAUUCUUACGAGCUCGAGACACUCGCGGUCGUACGAGCUAUCGAGCAUUUCCGCCAUUACCUCUAUGGCCGUAAAUUUACAGUGUACACUGACUGCAAUUCUCUUAAGGCCUCAAAGUCUAAAGUGGACCUUACACCGCGUGUGCACCGUUGGUGGGCUAUUUUACAAGUUUACGAUUUCGAUAUCGUAUACCGCGAAGGCAAGAAAAUGGAACACGCGGAUUAUUUAUCACGUAAUCUGCAACCGGAUCCGGAACAAAGUAAAGUGGGGAUAGAUGCUUCGAAAUCUGUACAGAGCCCGGAUAAGACCCUAGAUAAAAUCUACGAGUUGUACUGGUUCCCCGAAAUGUCCAAAUGCGUGCGACGAUUUGUAGACUCAUGCAUAGUAUGUAAAGCAUCUAAGGGACCAUCGGGUGCCCAACCAGUUCGACUUCACCCAAUCCCUAAAGUCGCUGUGCCAUGGCAUACGCUACAUAUAGAUUUCACCGGUUCGAGCCGGGCUAACGGCCAGGUAGAACGUGUGAUGCGGACCCUAAAAUCUUUGUUAACGAUUAUUGAAAAUGACCCGAAUAAAAACUGGCGAGAUGAGUUAGGUAAUGUGCAGCUGGCUCUAAACAGUACCAGGUCAACUGUUACAAAAUAUACUCCAACUGAACUUCUUACUGGAGUUCGCGCACAACCAUUAGGGAUUUCUAAACUGACAUAUGGGAAUGAACAAAGCCAAAGGUUAGAUAUUGAGUCCAUCCGCGCAGAGGCUUCCAAAAAUAUAGAAAAGGCUGCCAAAGCUGAUACUGUACGUUUUAAUCGUGGUCGUGCCACUAUCAAACCAUUUUCGAAAGGAGACUUUGUGUUUGUUAAAAGUUCUGAACGAAAUCAAACCAAGCUAGACCGUAAAUUUAGAGGACCAUUUGUAAUCACCAACGUCCUUGAAAACGACCGUUACGAGUUGAAAAGUAUCACUGGCUCUAGUAGAACAUUCAAAUAUUCUCACGAGAACUUACGUUCAGUACCGAGAGGACAUGAAGGGCUAACCGAGGUGGCUUUUAGCAUGUUAAACGAGAAUGAGGCCAUGACGGCGGGGGAUUACGAUGAACAGUUAGACGGAUACCAGUACGACGAUUCUGAUACAUUGUCUGCUCAUAGUGAUACCUUGACUGCAGGGUCCACAACUUUAACAGCACAAUCAGAGACUAUGAGCGACGACUCCGAAGAUGAAUCUCAUCGUGAAGAGAUAGUAGAUACUGGUGAUCGCCCGAGGACGGGCGAAUGUCAGUCCGGCCGUGACGGCGCCUCGAGCGCGUUCUAA